AUGCCUCUGGGAAUCACACGCCUCAAUGCGCGCAAGACGCAGCCAAACCCACACAUCAACUUCAUCAAGCCUCUCGCCGGCCCAGACUCGCAAACAUCCCAAGACUUCCUGGAGCGCAUAGCAGCGCAAUGUCUCCCCGUGAUGCGUUCUCACCACCUCUAUGUCAUGUCUCUGGAGGAGUUUCCCACGAACCGGGAAUUCGUCGGCCGCAACUUCAACGCGGGGGAGGUGAUCCAGCUUGUGCUGAAGGCCCCCGGCGGACGGUGGCUGCCCCUGCAGUACGUCCAGAUGGUCAUGAUGCAUGAGCUGGCGCACUGCAAGCAGAUGAACCACUCCCGCGCCUUUUGGGCCGUGCGCAACGGGUACGCAGAAGAUAUGCGCGGCCUGUGGGCUCGUGGCUACACCGGCGACGGCAUUUGGGGCAGGGGGGCCGCGCUGUCCACCGGCCGGUGGGAGAGGGACACUGUCGUCGACGGUGACGCGCUGCCAGAGCAUCUGUGCGGCGGGACGUACCGGUCCCGCGGGAGGAAGAGGAAGUCCAGGCCUACGCUUAGCUACCAGGAGCGCAAGACGAGACGCAUACAAAAUAAGUUCGGGACCAACGGCGUGCCCCUGGGCGCAGACGACCAGGCCAAGUUGAAGCUCGAGAAGGGGAAGAAGGUGCAGGGGAAGCCGCGCGUUGCCGGGAGCGCAAGGGGGAGGGAACUACGCGCCGCAGCGGCGAUGGCUCGUUUCGGUCAGCAGCAGAAGGAGGAGGAGGUCACGGUCAAGGACGAGGACGACUGCAGCAGUGAUGGUGAGAGUGACUACGACGAGGGUGAUGACGACCUGGUUGAUUCCAAGGACGCCGUUGACUUCAAUGGGGACCGCCUCGUCGAUGCAGAGGGCAGGUCCAUGAUCAAGGUCUCCGAGGACGAGGAGGCGCACGAUGACCCCGAGGCCAGGGAUGAGCUGGAGGAGCUGCAGGGCGUUUUCACGGGCAUCAAACGUGAGCCGCGGCAGGAUUCGGAUUCAGAGGUGGAGAUUUAUUCGAUACCGCCCACCGAGGUCAGGAUCAGUCCGGAGGAGCAUCGGCAGGAAGAGAAGCAUCGUCCUAUCAUCACAAGUCCGGCCCUUCCUCCGCCAAAACAAGCACCACCCACCAGCAGGAGUGGAGACGACAGGAGCAAAGGCAGAGGCAAAGGGGCGGCGGCAAGAGGGGCUGCGGAACAAGCGGAUACGCCGGAUCACGCGACCAAGGACAAGAACAGCAGCAGUAGCAGCGACGGUGACAACAAAGCAUGUCCCCUCUGCUCGUAUGCCAACGCGUUCGCCGCUACCACCUGCAGCAUGUGUGCCAAUGUGGUGGACGCCACCGCCGCGCGGAACGGUUGGCGGUGCUCUCGUCCGUCAUGCAGAGAUGCGGGAUACGUUAAUUCCAGAGACUGUGGUGUGUGUGGACUAUGCGGGCGGAGGUCUGAUGCUGCUGCUGGAGGGGCGGAGCGCAAGAAAGGUGCAUGA